CCGCGUGCAGGGAGCUCUGAGAAGACUGGUAGGGCCUAGGGCCGCUUCCGCUGGCGGAGGGUUUUCUUUCCGGCUGGUAGGGCGGUGGCCAGCCUUCCCUCCGCCCCUCUGAGGUUCCCUGGAGGGCGAGGCUGCCCGAUACUCCGCCAAGCUGGCCAGAAGGCCGACCCGGGAGCCUGGGUCCCUAGCAACUGCUUAGCUGAGCUCCUGACCACGCCUCCACGAGUUCCUAUCAAGUACAGUACUCCCUGACCUUUAAGGACUCUAUUUCAGGAUCAAAAAGGAAUCAAUUCCCACCCCAACUAUCAAAGAAAAAGGUCCUUUUGUCUUGAAGAUACUGCAGUGAUUGCAGCUGCCAGUGUAAGACCACCUUUAAGAUAGAGAGCCACAGAGAACAGUGGAUGUCCACCCAGCCACUCUAGGAGCAAAAGCACUGUAUCCAGCAGUUAUAGAUGGCAGAAGUGAAGUCGAUGUUCCGGGAAGUCCUUCCAAAACAAGGGCAGUUGUCUGUAGAAGAUGUAACCACAAUGGUGCUGUGUAAACCCAAACUUUUACCCUUAAAAUCUCUGACUCUGGAAAAACUGGAGAAAAUGCAGCAAGCAGCACAGGAUACAAUCCGCCAACAAGAAAUGGCAGAAAAAGAAGACCAGCAAAUAGCCCACUGACUAGUACCACUUUAAGGGGACAACCCAUCUCACCUGUUCAGGAACUAGAAACUAUUCUGCAUCUAUAGGCUGAAAAUACAUAAUCAAACUGGACAUUCAUAAUUUUAAAAAACAAAAUUUGGGAACUUAAACAUUGGCUUGUAUUGAAAAGAAAACUUUGAUGUUUUAUGGGAUCUUAAAAAGGUUUUCAAAAUUAUAAAUUACCUUAUUCAACCUACCUACUAUAGUAGUGUUAGAGAUUAGAUGUGUCUUUUCUGGAUGAUGGAUUCCUCAUCUUUUUAGACACCUAAAUCUGAAAAUAAACUAUUCUUGAAUAUAUUGUUACGCAGAAACAAACUUAACCAGUUAUGUACCAUGUCAUCCUUAUGGUAUGUAGCCUGACCAUAAUGACGGCAGUAAUAACAAAACUGAUUUCUUAACAAAUUUGAUUUUUAAAAAACCUUCAGCUAUUUUGGAGUCAACUAAACUUUUAAUUACACUAAUUUUAAGAAAUAAGAGAAUUACAAAAGUAUUGAUUACCAAAUACAAAAUCCUAGAAAUGCUUUAUUUUAGCCACCACAGUAAUAAACCAAUAAAAUAAAUAUGAGCUUUAAAAAACACUAGAGGGUUUUCUUUCUAAAAGACUACCUAGCCUUGUAACCAAGAAAAUAUUUUGGAAAUUGUAAAUAUAAUGGUUGAUUGCAGUCACUAGACUUCUUCAAUUGCCACAGACUUUGAAACCUUUCUAAGUAAUUAGAGGCUAGAAAUAUGAUCUCCCUUUAAAGUAACUUAUUUAUUGGUAAUUACAUAUUGAUAUUUAGAUAAAUGUAAAGCUUUAAGUAGAAUACUUGAUUUAAGAGAAUACUUCUUAAUACUUAUUUUAAGAAAAUACUUUUUCUUCCAUGAGCAACUUUUAUUUCUUACCUGAAUAAACUCUCUGAAAUCAAGGAAUCUAAAACCAUAAAAUAUGCUUCAGAUUUCUAUACUGUAAUUCUGUCAAGAUAUCCAGCUGUUCUAUGCCCAUCUUCUUGCCAAUCAGUCCAGCCAGAAUAUGCUGAAGUCUGUUUCCCCCUCAUCCCUUUCCUCAAAGAAUGCCUGGUCAUCUUCCUGCUGGAAUCUCUUCUAUUUGCUUUUAAUAAAGAGCUCAUGAACUAACAGGAGGCUGGGGUAUUUUGAUAAGUUCUUAAAGCUUAAAGUCCAAUCCCUGAUCUUCUCACUGGAGCCUUGCUAACCCUCCGAGGUGACUGAAGCAGCAUCCACUUUUGCUUCAGACUUGGGAGUAACCCAUCUGCUUUUCAUCUUCCGUUUCUGACUGGGAGCCUUGCUCCUGGAGAGUGGACAGUCUCCUCAACCUUCUAGGAUGCUUUGGCUUUUUUACAAGGUCCCCCACUCUGGGUGGUCCCCUUCUGAAACAGUUCUUUCAAAGAGCCCUCUUGGUCAGAAAUGGAAUCUUCCAACUUAUUCCAGGUAAGGGAGCUAAAACCACUGUCUCCAGGUGUUGAAACACUGUCUCUCACUUCUGCUGAAGAAGAAAGCGUUUGGCUCCCCUUAAAUUGUUUUUGAUAUGAGACUACGUAUUGGAGUUAAAUAUGUGGUUACCUCUGCUCCAGAGGUUGUCUGGCUACCAGAGGAGCCCAGUUGAGGACAUGUAUUCUCAUCACUAACACUUAAACUGCUGUCACUAAAGUCGUGUGUGAUAGAACCUUGGAAAUCAUUGCCUUGAAUUGGAGACAGAUUUUUUACUCCGAGUAAGCCACACUUUCCCAUGCAAUCAUCAACUGUGGAAGUCUUGUGCUGAGAAAACCUUAACCUCAACUUCUGACUGCUAGAAGUACCAUCCUCUGUCACUAACGAGCUGAAGUUGUCAUGCUUUGGGAAACGCUUUUCUAGGCUAACUACGUGGCUUAUGUUGCUUUCCAGAGACCAGCUUUGUGGAUCCGAAUCCCCCUUCAGAAGAGUGAAAGAUAAGUCGAGCCGCCUACGCAAUGAGCAUGUUUUCCUUCUGAAGAAUACUUUUUUAAACGUCAACAGAAUUUAAGGAUAAGAGCUGUUUAUAUAUUAGACAAAUUUUAUUCAACUCCAGCUCAGAUCAAUAAACAAAGAUAAACUGUGCAUGUAUUUCCCUAGUGUAACCUUAAAAGGUUUUUCCACUAUUACACUGCUCUAAGAUUUUUAAGUGUCUUGUGUUUAUGCCACCUAUAUGCAGGUGUCCAUAGAAGUCAUAAGAGGACAUCUGAUACCCCAGAAAACUCAAGUUCCUGAAGGUUGUAAGCUGCACGAUGUGGGUGCUAAGAAUCCAACUUGGGUCCUAUGAAAGAGCAGCAGGUGCUCACUGCUGCUUAGUGAUCUCUCUAGUCCUGUUUAUUAUUAUUAUUAUUAAAGUUUGAAGAUUAAAAUAAAAAAAGAUUUUGUAAUAACUUGAAUUCACUAAGCUCAAGUGUACUUGUUCUGAAAGUCAGGCAUGAUGGUCCAUGCCUUUAUUCCAGCACUCGGACACGGAGUAGACACAGACUACGAUGAGUUUGAGGACACAGGCCAGCCAGAGCUACAUAACAAGACUCUGUCUCAAGAAACAACAAAGCAUUUUUGUUUGUCCUGCACUUUGGGAAUGAACACAAGGCCUAAUGAAGUUUAGACAGGAAACCAAAAGACGUUUUCAACACACAAAAUAAAUGUACUCCCACUAAA